CCCCAACCAAGGACACAAAGCAGAGAGACAACAACAGGAGCCAACAGUCAAAACAAAGAGAGAAGCCAGCGCUGACGGAGAAUCACCACUGAUCCUCAAGAAGGACACUUUUAUUUUCCUUUGGUGAUCACUUGUUCACUGCAAGGCUCUCUGUUUUCUGUUCUUUCUUUUUUUUCAGCAUCCCACAGUAGAUCGAAACAUGAGAGGCUGUGCUUUAGUUGUUUGUUUGGUUUUGGGGAUAGGCUUGCAGGAGGGAUGGAGCCUUCCGCUCAAGUCCGUCAGUGUCACCUUCCCAGGAGACAUCCUCAAAAACAUGACUGACAAACAGUUGGCAGAAAAUUAUCUGAAGAGGUUUGGCUACAUAGACAGAGUGUACCGCAGUGACUUCCAGUCAAUGAUGUCCACCUCCAAGGCUUUGAAGAGCAUGCAGAGGCAGACGGGGAUCGAGGAGACUGGAGAGCUGGACAAGGCCACACUGGAGGUCAUGAAACAGCCCCGCUGUGGAGUUCCCGAUGUGGGCAACUACAAAACCUUCGAUGGAGACCUCAAAUGGGACCACAAUGACGUGACUUACAGAAUUCUGAACUAUUCUCCAGACAUGGAGAGCUCACUGAUUGAUGACGCCUUCGCCAGGGCCUUCAAGGUAUGGAGUGAAGUGACGCCUCUGACAUUUACCCGCCUCUUUGAGGGAACGGCUGACAUCAUGAUAUCAUUUGGAAAAGCAGACCAUGGAGACCCGUAUCCAUUCGAUGGAAAGGAUGGCCUUCUGGCUCAUGCUUAUCCCCCUGGUGAGGGUAUUCAAGGAGAUGCUCACUUUGACGAUGAUGAGCACUGGACUCUGGGUAAAGGACCAGCUGUGAAGACUCGCUAUGGGAAUGCAGAUGGUGCCUUGUGCCACUUCCCUUUCAUGUUCGAGGGCAAUUCCUACACCACCUGCACCACUGAGGGCCGUACGGACAACCUGCCGUGGUGUGCCACCACAGCAGAUUACAACAAAGACAAAAAAUAUGGCUUCUGCCCAAGUGAACUUUUGUACACAUUUGGAGGAAACGCAGGUGGAGCCGAGUGUGUCUUCCCCUUUGUGUUCCAGGGGGAGGAAUAUGACAGUUGUACUACAGAGGGCCGCAGCGAUGGUUACCGCUGGUGUGCCACAACAAAGAACUUUGACAAUGACAAGACAUAUGGAUUCUGUCCCACUCGUGAGACGGCUGUAUUCGGAGGCAAUUCUGAGGGAGAGCCCUGCCAUUUCCCCUUUGUGUUCUUGGGUAAAACGUAUGACUCCUGCACCAGUGAGGGUAGAGGAGAUGGCAAGUUGUGGUGCAGUACCACUAGCAGCUAUGACGAAGACAACAAAUGGGGCUUUUGUCCUGAUCAGGGUUACAGUCUUUUCCUGGUGGCAGCUCAUGAGUUUGGACAUGCUCUUGGCCUAGAUCACUCCAACAUUAGAGACGCUCUCAUGUACCCCAUGUACGUUUAUGUGGAAAACUUCUCCCUGCACAAAGAUGACAUUGAAGGCAUUCAGUAUCUCUAUGGAUCCGGUCCUCAUCCCACCCCACCUCAGCCCAACACCCCCACUACUACCCCAUAUCCAGACCCUGAUGAGACUGACACUACAGAUGAAACUGAACCCACUGUUCCAACCACCACACAACCUUUGGAUCCAACCAAAGAUGCUUGCAAUUUAACAAAAUUCGACACCAUCACUGUGAUCCAGGGAGAACUGCAUUUCUUUAAGGACGGAGAUUAUUGGAAGAUGUCCAGCAGGAGUGAUGGAAAACUCAGUGGACCAUUUUCUAUUUCUGGGAGGUGGCCAGCUCUGCCCUCAGUCAUUGAUUCUGCUUUUGAAGAUCUUUUGAACAGAAAGUUGUACUUCUUCUCAGGGAACAGAUUCUGGGUAUACACAGGGAAGAGUGUUCUGGGACCCCGUAGCAUUGAGAAGCUCGGCCUUCCCAGCAGCAUUCAGAAGAUAGAGGGAUCCCUGCUGAGAGGGAAAGGCAAAGUGCUGCUUUUCAGUGGAGAGAGCUUCUGGAGAUUUGAUGUCAAGGCCCAGAAAAUUGACAAAGGAUAUCCUAGAUACACAGAUGUGGUUUUUGGCGGAGUUCCCAAUGAUGCUCAUGAUGUCUUCCAGUACAAAGGUCACAUCUACUUCUGCCGAGACCGCUUCUACUGGCGUAUGAAUUCCCGCAAGCAGGUGGAUCGUGUUGGCUAUGUAAAAUAUGACCUUCUUCGUUGCACUGAUUCUUCAUUCUCCCACUACUGAGGAGAAAACACACAAGGAUGAGCUCAGAAUCGAUGUCAGGAAGAAUGUGCUUUCUGGAAUGUAAAUAUUUGUCCAUGAUUGAUGUUUUACUACAUUGAUCUAAGAAAAGUCAAAAGCCCAAUACAAGACAGCUAAUUGUUAUCUUUGAUACUGAUUCGCCCUCAGUCUAAUAAUAUGUGAACUAAUAUGAUAUGACGUUAUGGUAGUCUAAAAUAUGAGACCAAUAGCCAUCAUUUUUUCUCUUAAGCUGUCUAAAUGUGAUUCAAGACUUGCUGAAUAAUUUCUUAUGUCUGACAGGUUCAGACUCAUAACAGUAUUAGAUUAUUUUGAUAUUCAUAGCAAAUUCUAAUAUUAUUUUUGUGUCCUAAAGCUGAUUUGUUUAGUAUAAUUAUGUGUGUUUAUUUUUCAAAGUGGCUUAAGUAUUAAGCCAAAUACUUGCACUGGAAGACAAUGCAUUCCACUGAAAAUAUUUAUUAAACUGCUGAGUUUUGUAUGAAAGUUUUAACUUAGAAUUCAAUAAACAUUUCAUGGAAA